UAUGUAAGCUCGAAUAACCGGAUACCGUGUCCACUAAUUCGCAGGUCCCGAUUUGCUGGAUUUUCAACUGGAACGGACCAUGAAAACAACCAAUCUCGGCCUGUACGCUUUCCGUUUAACCUUCGGUCAGGCGCCGCCGUUGUCCGCUCAGGCCGCAACGCACUGCAGCCAUGGCUACACCACUAGCACCUCGUCGUCGCCCAACCGUGUGGUGACCCGCUCGGCCACCAUGCUGGCGCUCUUCGGGAUCGCGCUCUCCUCGUUCAGCCUGAAGCAGCUGCUGGCCAAGAAGCAGAAGCACCAGGGUCUGCGCAAGCUGUAGGAUGGGGAUGUAGCGGCAGGAGGAGCAAUGAGGAGCCACAGCGCCAUGUCCUGAGAUCACACAUUCGAUUAGUUCAUCAUCGUGUAUAUUUGCCUAAGUUAAGUCAUCCACUCACCACAAAACACAAACGGAACUCGGACAUGGAGGCUUGUUUUGUAAUAUUCUCGUUAAAUUGAACGGAGACCGAUGCAGAUAUAGAUAUAUUUUCUUGUUUACACAUGCACACCAUGCAGCGCCAACUAAAAGGAAUAAAUUUGUGAUAAAUCGUGUAGGAGGGAACGAUAGAUGGAGAUAGAGAUUCGCUAAAUUUACGGAAAUCCCAAAUUUUCCAAGACCCCUUUGUUGCCCUUUUAGUUUUAUAUAUAUUUUAUGUGUAAACAAGUCCAUCAUAUACGUAUAUUUAUUUACAAGUUGUACGAAAACCAGAGAAACGACUCAGUAAGAAGGGAUAGAUACAAUAAUGACAUCGUUGGAUAGCAGAUCGCCGAGCAGGCUGCGUCAGUAUCCAGGAAACAAACUAGUUGUAGUUCCGUAUUCAAAUAAAUGCAUUAUAUUCAAUUCGAAA